AUGCCAGACCAGAAGGACAACGAGAUAACCCUCGAAUCGCUGCCGCGUCUUCUCGCAAAUGACACCAAGGUCAAGCUCGCCGGUGUCGAUGUCGAUGGUAUUCUGCGCGGGAAAUUGGUCUCCAAGAAGAAGUUCUUGAGCGUGGCCAAGGAGGGAUUUGGAUUCUGCUCCGUCAUUUUCGGCUGGGACAUGCACGACCAGACAUAUUUCAAGGAACUGAAGGUUAGCAACGCCGAAAAUGGGUACCAUGAUAUUAUCGCCGUUCCGGAUCUUAGCAGCUUUAGGAGGAUACCAUGGGAGGACAAUGUUCCCUUCUUCUUGGUCAGCUUCUUUGAUCCAGACACGCGCAAGCCCGUCAGCGCAUGUCCCCGAGGCCUCUUGAAGACGGCGAUGGAGAAGCUGCAGGUAAACGGGCUUGGUGCAAUGGCUGGAGCUGAGUACGAGUUCUUCCAAUUCAAAGCACCUCCGAGCAAACCCAAUGCGCCUGUCGCGGAACAAUCCUCAGUUGCAACAUUCCUACGAGAAAAUCCCGUCAACUCUCUUCCGUCCUUGACCGAGGGGAUGUUUGGGUAUAGUUUGACGAGACCUAUGCAUAACCAAGAUUAUUACUAUGGCAUAUUCGAUGCAUGCGAGAAGUUUAACUGCGGAAUAGAGGGUUGGCAUACAGAGAGUGGGCCUGGAGUUUUUGAAGCUGCAUUGUCCUUUGGCGAGAUUCAACAAAUGGCAGAUAAAGCAGGAUUGUUCAAAUAUGUGGUGAAAUCAGUCGCGACGAAAUACGGUAUCACCCCAUGCUUCAUGGCAAAACCACGGCAAGGCCUUCCCGGAAACAGCGGGCACAUGCACAUUUCGAUAGUCGAUAAGAAUGGGAAGAAUCUCUUCUUCCGGGAGGAGAAAGAUACCGAUGCAGAAUAUGAGGAUAUCGCGAACUUAUCAGAUUUGGGAAGGCAUUUCCUAGCGGGACUAUUGGACGGACUUCCAGAUGUUAUGCCAUUGGUCGCGCCGAAUGUCAACUCCUAUAAACGCCUGGUCGAGAAUUUCUGGGCCCCAGUAACUGUAUCCUGGGGCUUGGAACAUCGCGCUGCAUCGAUUAGAUUGAUUGCGCCGCCAACUGCAAAAGCGGCAGCUACUCGAUUUGAAGUUCGUGUCCCUGGCGCGGAUGCCAACCCGUACUAUGUCCUAUCUGCCAUAUUAGCUUUAGGUUGGAGAGGCAUUGAGAAGAAGCUUGAGAUCAAGCAACCACCACUUGGCAAGGGGCAGACGGUUGGCGGGGAAGCCGAUCCCGGUGUGAGGCUGGCGAAAAGCCUCAACGAGGCCACUGAAAGAUUCCAUCGGCCAGAAAGUAUCGCAAGAGAAGUGUUUGGCGAUGAGUUCGUGGACCAUUUUGCUGGAACAAGAGAACACGAAAUUAAAUUAUGGGACGAGGCUGUUACGGAUUGGGAGGUUAAGAGAUAUAUCGAGACGGUUUGA